CCCUAUAAAAAGGAAAUGUGCACACUAAAUUGUAUUCACAUUCUCAUUCUCGUGUAUUUACACUGUACAACAAAAAUAUCAACAUGUCUGGACGUGGUAAAGGAGGAAAGGCACGAGCCAAGGCAAAGAGCCGAUCUGCAAGAGCUGGACUUCAGUUCCCCGUGGGCCGUGUCCACCGUUUCCUUCGCAAGGGAAACUAUGCCCAGAGAGUGGGAGCUGGUGCCCCAGUCUACUUGGCUGCCGUCAUGGAGUACUUGGCCGCUGAGAUCCUCGAGUUGGCCGGUAACGCCGCCCGUGACAAUAAGAAGACAAGAAUCAACCCCCGUCACUUGCAACUCGCCAUCCGCAACGACGAAGAGUUGAACAAGCUUCUCAGUGGAGUCACCAUUGCCCAAGGUGGUGUACUGCCCAACAUCCAGGCCGUUCUUCUGCCCAAGAAGACCGCCAAGGCACAGAAAUAGA